UCGGGUGGCAGGAUGCUCUCCAUGACCUACAGUGAGAGCCUGCGCAGCGUGGCCAGCCGGCCCAGCCCCGAGUGGGGGCUGCCCCCAGCCCCCCGGGCGGCCGACGGGCUGGAGCUGCGGCGGCUGCGGGAUGUGCGGGCGGCGGCGCGGGCGAAGACUCUGGAGGAGUUCCUGCGGAUGCACGGGCUCUCCCUGGCCGACAGUACCGCCCGCGCCACUGGCAUGAAGUACAGGAACCUCGGGAAGUCUGGGCUGCGUGUGUCCUGCCUGGGUCUGGGAACAUGGGUGACUUUCGGAGGGCAGAUCACAGAUGAGAUGGCAGAGCAGCUGAUGACUUUAGCUUAUGACAACGGCAUUAAUCUCUUCGACACGGCAGAAGUCUACGCUGCUGGCAAGGCCGAGGUGGUGCUGGGAAAUAUCAUCAAGAAGAAAGGGUGGAGACGGUCCAGCCUGGUCAUCACCACCAAAAUCUUCUGGGGAGGAAAGGCCGAGACAGAGAGGGGCCUGUCCCGAAAACACAUCAUAGAAGGUCUGAAGGCGUCUCUGGAGCGGCUGCAGCUAGAGUACGUGGAUGUGGUGUUUGCCAACCGGCCUGACCCCAACACGCCGAUGGAAGAGACAGUGCGAGCCAUGACCCAUGUCAUCAACCAGGGAAUGGCCAUGUACUGGGGGACCUCGCGCUGGAGCUCCAUGGAGAUCAUGGAGGCGUACUCGGUGGCCCGGCAGUUCAACCUGAUUCCGCCGAUCUGCGAGCAGGCCGAGUACCACAUGUUCCAGCGGGAAAAGGUGGAGGUGCAGCUCCCUGAGCUCUUCCACAAGAUAGGCGUUGGAGCCAUGACCUGGUCCCCACUGGCCUGCGGCAUCGUCUCGGGGAAGUAUGAUGGGGGCAUCCCCCCCUACUCCCGUGCCUCGCUGAAGGGAUACCAGUGGCUGAAGGACAAGAUCCUGAGUGAAGAGGGCCGGCGGCAGCAGGCAAAGCUGAAGGAGCUGCAGGCCAUCGCUGAGCGCCUGGGCUGCACCCUGCCCCAGCUCGCCAUCGCCUGGUGCCUGCGCAACGAGGGUGUCAGCUCCGUCUUACUGGGGGCCUCCAAUGCCGACCAGCUGAUGGAGAAUAUUGGAGCAAUACAGGUCCUUCCAAAGCUGUCGUCUUCCAUCGUCCACGAGAUCGAUAGCAUCCUGGGCAACAAACCAUACAGCAAGAAGGACUACAGAUCCUAAGCGCGCCCGAGCACGCCGCGCAGCCCUCGCCGCCCGUUCGCUUGCUUACGCUUUGUUGGAGCAAAGUGGAGAGUGUGGUUUGCACCGAGAGCCAGCGCUCCACCCGCGCUGCCCCGGACGUGGCGCCGCGGCCGCCCGGCCUGGCUCUGCGGCGCAGGGACGGCCGGAGGGAGGCGAGCCCCGAGCUGCCCGGCCGCCCUGCCCGCCGCCGGGACCCGUUGCAUGCGUGGCUCCUGCCUCCACGUUGGCGGUGGGCGCGGGGUGCACGCGGGUGCUGUACGCCCACGAGGCCGACAACACGAAGCUGUUCCCCAGCCUGCGCCCGGGCCUCGCCUCUGCCCUCUCCCACGGCACCGGCACCGCGGGGCUGCGGCUCCCGGAGAGCACCCGCUCCCGGGGAAGGGGUGGGUGGGAUGGUGACAGGGAGGGGGUUCGCUGCGGGAAGAGCUGGGAUGCUCUGGCCGAGCACGGGGCAGGGCUCUGCUGCGGGGAGGGACCGGGCUGGGGGAGUGUGUGUGGGCAAGUGUGCAAGUGUCUGUGUGCACGGACACACGCGGAGACACAGGGACAUACAGACACGCGGGGACGUGUGGAUUUGCAGACAGCAGCUGUGGAGGUGAACACAGCCCACCAGCACCUUCAGUUGUAUCUGCACAAAGCUACUGAAAGCCUCUACACAUGCACCCACGUACACCUGUUACAGGGGUGUCUGCAGACACACACACACACAGUCACACACGGCCAAAUGUAGAUACAGAUGUAGCUCUACCUCCACCUCUAUCCCUGACAUCAGCC